AUGCCACGCUUCGCUGUGCCGGCGGCGCCCAAGUGCGCGCGAUGCAACACAUCGGUAUUCCUGGCCGAGCAGGUGAUCGGUCCUGCCUCCAAACCGUACCACAAGACGUGCCUCACGUGUGUCGUGUGCAACAAGCGGCUCGACUCGACGCUGCUUGUCGAGCACGACGGCGAGCCGUACUGCAAGAACUGCCACAAGGAGCACCUGGGCACGGGUAAAGGCGGCUUUGGCAAGGCGGUCUCACUCAACCCCACCUCGCCCAAGUCGCCACGCUCGCCUGCAACCAACCUCACCGGCACGCCACGUAGCCCGCUCGCCACGCCGUCCAAGGCAGGCGCAGCUCUUGCGCAGCAGCAGUACAGCACCCCCGAGACGAUGCUGAGCAGAGGCACGGCGGAUGCGGCCAGACGCUCACCAAGCCCGACCAAAUUCACUCCCGGUGCAUCGCUGGUCGGGAGUGAGGAGCAGGUCCCGGGCAUCUCGAUCCGUCCGCGCGGCUUUGGCACGCCGAGCCAAGUCGCGUCGUCCAGCUCGCCCACCAAGCCGAUGUCGCCUUUGGCGUACGCGUCGCAAAGGGCGGCGAACAACGGCGCGGACAGCUACUCGACGCCGAUCCGGUCGAUCGACGAGGCCAUCGCUUCCGACGCUUCGUCGCUCAACGAUCCUGUAGCCCGACUGCAGGCCGCCGUGGGCGGGAUGAGCAUCGGAACGCCCUCGAGCCGAUCUGCUGCCAACGACCACGUGGAACACGAUCCCGCGCCCGCACAGUCUGUUACGGGCCACACGAUCCCCUCGGUCGACUACUACGCAACGCCAUCUCCGCCGUCGACGCGCGUGGCACAGCCUGCAUCGGCGUCCAAGUCGCAGUACACCGAAGAGACCUCGUAUGCCGAAGACGGCACACCCAUCACCAUCCAAACGCGCCGAGUUGCGGCCACGGACACCAUCGGCUCGAUCCGGUUUGGCGGUACUGGCUCUCCCACUCCGCCUGCCAAGGUCAACUCGCAGCCACCGCUUGCUGCGCUCGGCCAGCUGCCUCCGCCUCGCCGUCCGGAUCCCAAGACACUCACGGGUGCGUCGGGCACGGCCAAGAUCGCGCCGCCGCGCACCAUCACGAACCCAGCCUCGGGCUCGGGUUCGUCCGAGGACCUGGUUGGAUCGCGACGGAAGAGUGGCAUCGACCGCAUCGGGUUGAGUUCGAGCAUUGUCGAUGCGAGUGGAGGCACGCCACUGUGCGCCAGGUGUGCACGACCAGUGUACUUUGCAGAACAAAAGGCUGCAGCAGGCAGAAAGUGGCACAGAGCAUGUUUGAGAUGCGACGGCUGCAACACCACCUUGGAGUCCGGCAAGCUCGAAGAAGGGCCGGCAGAGAAGAAUCCUGCUGCUCCACAGGGAGGCGCUAAUGUGUGGUGCAGGAUCUGCUACGCAAAGUACUUUGGCCCCAAGAACCUCGCUGUAGGCCUGUCGUUGCCAGAAACCAUGCGAUGA